CCGUGGUGCUGACUUGAGCAGUUUUGUCGGUGUGGAUAAAUAAAUAUGGCUGACGGGACAGUUUCUGAUCACAAGCCGGGGGAAAUACGUCGUACGUUCAGCACACUGUCCACGGGGCAAGACCAGAAUGGAGUGGUACAACCAUUGCUUACAGAUCUGUAUCAGAUUACAAUGGCAUAUGCCCACUGGAAGAGUGAAAAACGAACUGACCACGCAGUUUUUGAUCUUUACUUCCGCAAAAACCCGUUCAGAGGAGAGUUCACGAUCUUCGCCGGACUACACGAAUGUCUGAAGUUUUUUAACAACUACACUUUCUCAAAAUCGGAUAUUGAUUAUUUAAGAACAAUCUUACCCCCGUCAACUGAAGAAGGAUUUUUUCAAUAUCUGUCAGACAUGGAUCUUUCACAGGUUACAAUGUAUGCUAUACCUGAAGGGUCUGUUGUUUUCCCUAAAGUUCCUUUGCUACGAGUGGAAGGACCUUUACCCAUAGUGCAAUUGUUAGAAACCACGCUGUUGACGCUGGUUAAUUAUGCUAGCCUGGUUGCCACCAAUGCUGCUAGAUUUCGUAUGGCUGCAGGACCGGGCAAAAGUCUGUUGGAAUUUGGAUUGAGGAGAGCACAGGGACCAGACGGUGGACUAUCAGCAUCUAAAUAUUGUUAUAUUGGAGGUUUCGAUGGGACGAGUAACGUACUUGCCGGCAAGCUGUUCAACAUACCAGUUAAAGGCACUCAUGCCCAUGCGUUCGUGACCUCAUUCACGUCACUAGAUGACCUCAAAAACAGGAUGUUACAGCCAGCAGACCAAAGCAAAUCACUUCAAAAUCUAGUGGAGAUGAGUCAGACAUGGCUGGAUAGAAUUGAAGGAUUGCUUGAGAUUUUAAAAGAAGAAACACAUAAGGGUGAACUAGCGUCAUUUAUAUCGUAUGCCAUGGCGUUUCCAACUGGGUUUCUAGCGUUAGUUGACACCUAUGACGUUCUCAGGAGUGGUAUUCCUAACUUUGUUGCUGUGGCAUUGUCUCUGCAUGAUCUUGGGUACAAAUCAAUUGGUAUACGACUUGAUAGUGGUGAUUUAGCUUAUCUAUCACUUAGAGCUAGGGAAAUAUUUACAAAGAUUGCCGACAAAUAUAAUUUGCCAUGGUUUGCUAAGCUUAAUAUAGUCGCCAGUAACGAUAUAAACGAGGAGACCAUCCACUCCCUUAACCAGCAGGGUCAUUCAAUCGAUACAUACGGUAUUGGAACUCAUCUAGUAACGUGCCAGAGACAGCCAGCAUUAGGAUGUGUGUUUAAGCUAGUGGAAGUAGAUGGAGUAGCCCGAAUGAAACUCAGUCAAGACAUGGAGAAGAUGACAUUGCCUGGCAAGAAAAAUGUCUUUAGAUUAUAUGGACAUGAUGGACAUGCACUUGUUGACCUGAUGAUGCAAGAGAAAGAGGAAGCACCAAGUCCUGGACAACGAGUGUUAUGCCGGCAUCCAUUUGAAGAAUCCAAGAGAGCGUAUGUUAUUCCUGCCUCAGUUGAACCACUUUUGAAAAAAUAUUGGUUUGAAGGCAAGAUUUGUCAACCAGUGCAAUCCCUACACGAUAUUAAAUCAAGAAUGGAGAGUUCAUUACGAAGUCUACGAGCUGACCAUAAAAGGGCAUUGAACCCAACACCAUAUAAGGUUUCUGUAACAGCUGGUCUUUAUCAAUUUAUGCAUGACUUAUGGUUGCAUAAUGCACCGAUUGGUGAACUUUCGUAAGCGUCAUUGUGUAAAUUCAACAUGAAUAAUUAGGGCUCUACACACCAGGGUGAAGAACAUUAAUUCUGCCUAACUGUGGAUCCUUGGAUGUUGUUGUAGCUCUUCAGUAAUGUAUCUAGUCACUCAUGUGUCAUGUGACAUCAGAAAGAAUGGGGAAACGUAUAUAUAAUUUUAUUUAUACGAUGAUGAAGAUGUUUGCUCUAAUAUGCAUUAUGCAAUAUAGGAAAGAAUUUGAGUUCUUAAAUUGACAAGUAUCCUGCCAAGCCUGACUUGGUCAGCAAUAGUUGAUGCACGCAAACUAUGCCUGACACAAUGCUUUAAUUUUUGUCCAUCACCGACAAGUUCACGUCGGCACCAAUCAAAUUGCAAAAGCUAUUGAUUAUGACAGCCAUCACAUAGCUAGUCAUAAUAACACGUUCCUCUUGUUUAGACAUAUUACAAUGUGCUGGAUCAUUUCUGUCCACUAUGGAAAAAAUCGAUUGUCUGUUUUAUGUUCGCGCCAAUGUAUCAACACCAUGAAUAACGCAGGAACCAGGACCUAGCUUGAACUCACCAAAUAAUAAAAAUAAAUGUGCUGUUAGUGGAUUUCUACAAAGCCAUUUCCAACUCCAGUGGAGUCUACCAACAAAAUAACAAUGGCAAUGUUGCUAACUUCUACCAACAUUAUCUAUUGUAAUUGUAUUUAAAUCCUCGAUUGGCAGAGUUCCUAUGCCUAAUAAAUAUUCUUUACCAAAUUCUAAAAAA